CGAGCAUUAAAAUACAUUCUUUUGUUCCUGAAUUGUUAUCCCUUGUUAUUCUAUAAAGUCCUCUGUCUAACGCAAAAGACAUGACAAAGUGGCAACGAAGAUGUUUGAAAGAACUUCUGCGUGUGUGAAUUGCCGAACAGUAAAGUAUUGAAGUGCUGGAAACAGCUGUCUGUGAUUAGAGACGGAAAGUCCAUAUGGCUGGCAUUACAGGAAAUAUCGGACAUUUUGAAGACAAUGUUGAUCAAUGGAGCUAUUAUACUCAGGGAUUGGAAUAUUUCCUGCAAGCAAACUCCAUUGAUGGUGAGAAGAUUGUGCCCACUUCAUAUCCUUGGUUAUUCUUUAAAGUCCUCUGUCUAACACAAAAAGGGAAAGACAUGACAAAGUGGCAACGAGGAUGUUUGAACAAACUUCGGCGUGUGUGACUUGCCGUACAGAAAAGUAUGAAAGUGCUGGAAACAGCUGUCUGUGAUUAGACAUGGAAAGUCCAUAUGGCUGGCGUUAUAGGAAAUAUCCUACAUUUUGACGAAAAUUUUGAACAAUGGAGUGAAUAUACCCAGGAAUUUGAUUAUUUUCUGUGAGCAAACUUCAUUGAGGGUGAGAAGAUUGUGCCCACUUCAGUGUGAUCGGUGCAAAGACUUUCGCUACGCAGUAUAGUACAACCCGUAAAACCAGGAUUGUGUUUGCAGUGGAAAAUCCCAGUGUGACUGUCAUGGAAUCAAAGGCGAUGCGGGUGAGCCUGGGUUUCCUGGACUAGAUGGUGUACUAGGAAUCCAAGGACAUCAAGGAAAUGAAGGCCCUCCUGGGGAAUCCGGUCCAAAAGGAAGUAUGGGAUUUCCAGGUUACACCGGACCUAAAGGCUCUAGGGGAACUCCAGGGAUCGCAGGAUACUUUGGUCCACCAGGACUUCCUGGUCAUCCUGGGAGACAGGGGCCUAGGGGUCGUUCUGGUUACCCUGGAUGCAAUGGCACAAAGGGUGAUCCUGGUGUCCCAGGGUAUGGAGGAUUAAUGGGGGCUCCUGGGCAGCGGGGAAUUCCUGGGAUGCAAGGACCUGAGGGACAUACCUAUUACUUUCCACUUCCUAAGCAAGUGAAUGGACGUCCUGGACGUCCAGGCAAGGAUGGAGAGAAAGGUCCGCGCGGAUCACCGGGGUUACCAGGACCAAUUGGACCAGAAGGCCCAAAAGGCGCAUAUGGAUUACCUGGAGUUCCCGGGCCACAAGGAGUCAAGGGUACUGAGGGUCGAAGCAUGGGAAUACCUGGGCCCAGUGGCCAGAAGGGGAACAUGGGUCUGCCUGGUAUACCAGGAGAUAAAGGUGUAAAGUUAUUUGUAAGAGGACCAAAAGAGCCUAAGGGUGACCAGGGAGAUCCUGGAGACGUUGGCUGCCCUGGAUUAUCUGGUCGUCAGGGCCUUCCUGGUCCUAAGGGAAUGAAGGGGCAAAGAGGGGAGCCCGGGAAUCCGGGUAAAGAUGGUAAGGAUGGGCUGCGGGGCGAGGUCGGUCAACCGGGUGAGCGUGGAGAUGUUGGGUUUCAAGGAAUUACUGGAAUAAAUGGAGAAUGGGGUCAGAAAGGUGAUCGCGGCCCCCCUGGUCUCCCAGGAGAGGUAAUUAUAACAAAUGGGAACGUUAAAGGUCCAAAAGGUUUUCCAGGCCCACCGGGACCCCCUGGUCUCCGAGGUAGUGAAGGUUUCAUCGGCUUUCCAGGAAGUCCAGGUCCACCAGGGCCUUCUAUACCGGGACCUAAAGGAAGACCAGGACCUCCAGGGUUUAGGGGUUUAAAAGGGGACAUGGGGGAACCUGCAGCUUACAUCAGUGGUCCUAAAGGAUUAGAUGGACCACCAGGAGAACGGGGACCCCCGGGUGACCCCGGACCUCCAGGAACUCCAAAUGUCAAAGGCCAGUUGGGACCAAGAGGGGUAAAGGGUGAGAAAGGCCUAAUAGGUCUUGAGGGUUUCCGUGGAGAUGCUGGAAAACCAGGAGAGCAAGGAGAUAUGUGCAGGUUGUGUGCUGUCUUUAAUGCUGACCCUGGACCUCCAGGAAAACGUGGAGAGCCUGGCCAGCCUGGGGAGCCAGGUGGUGAAGGUGGUCAAGGUUCCAAAGGAUCCCAAGGCUUUCAAGGUCCACAGGGUGGUCCUGGUAAUCAGGGUUCGUCAGGUUGCCCUGGCGUUCCUGGGCCCCAAGGUUCCAAAGGAGACCCAGGUUCAGUAACUGCAAUUGGGGAGAAGGGCCAGGAAGGAAACCCCGGUGCAGCUGGACCAGCAGGGAUACAUGGGAGGGAUGGCAGACCUGGCAACCCUGGCCUCAAAGGACCACCAGGAGCUAAAGGAAACCCAGGUCCUCCAGGCCUUAAAGGAAACCGUGGAGACCCAGGACUUAAUGGAGAGCCUGGUCGCACAGGUCCAAUGGGCAUCCAGGGGGCAAUGGGUGUUGGCCAACCAGGGCCACCCGGAGCAAAAGGGAGUUUGGGACCAGUCGGCCGACCUGGAAAUCCAGGAGAACCAGGUGAGAAAGGAUCUUCUGGAUCAGUAGGAAUGAUCCUUGGAGACCCAGGCCCUCCUGGUCCUCCUGGUCCACCUGGUCAACCAGGGCUUCCAGGCAUUAAAGGCUGCAUUGGGGUUCUUGGAUUCCCUGGACCAACUGGGUUUAAAGGGGAUAAAGGACUGUCAAUACCAGGAGCUCCUGGAGGUCCUGGUCCUAAAGGUGAUAAAGGUUUGAAAGGGAGGCCUGGUCAACCUGCUAUUGGAAGUGUAGGGCGUCCUGGCCCCCCAGGACCACCAGGAAAUCCAGGCCUAAAGGGGGAUAAAACAUUCGGCCCUCCAGGGUCCGUGGGUCGGCAGGGGAUGCCAGGAGAUGAAGGAGACCUUGGGGAAACGGGGGCCUUUGGUCCACCUGGAUCACGUGGAUGUCCAGGUCAAGGAGGAAGGGACGGGCCACCAGGAGACCCUGGUCAGCGGGGUUUGGAUGGUCCACCUGGAGUCGAUGGUGUUCCAGGAUGCUGCUCUCCAGGGGCCAAAGGUGACCAAGGGCCUCCAGGAUCAAACGGAGUAGAUGGACCCCCAGGGCUGAGGGGCCCGAAGGGGCCACAGGGUGAAACUGGUUCACCUGGGCAAGGUUUACCCGGUCCCACGGGUAUCGCUGGCAUACCUGGGAAAAAUGGAGAGACAGGUUCCACCGGUCAACAGGGACCAAAAGGUUUCAGAGGUCGAGAUGGCUUAGCAGGUUUCCCAGGUACACGGGGAAAUUCUGGAAAUCCUGGAAGCAUUGGUCCACCUGGAGCAACUGGAAACCGUGGACAACCUGGGCCCCCUGGAUCUAAAGGUUUCAUGGGUAGCAAUGGAGUGCCAGGUAAUAGAGGAAGAUCCGGAGAAUUAGGAGACAUAGGAGCCAUUGGUCUCAAAGGACAACCAUCAAGCAUUGUCGCUCAAGGGGAUCCUGGUGACCCUGGCCCACCAGGUCUUACUGGUGUUCCUGGUUCUAAAGGAGACAAGGGAAUUCAGGGCAAUUAUGGUAAUUUUGGGAAGAAUGGACUUCCGGGAAAUCCUGGCCCACCAGGUCCUCCGGGUGACCCUGGUUUGAAAGGCAGUCCUGGAAAUCCAGGUUUUGAGGGCUGCAUUGGGGAUCCAGGGAUUGUGGGAUUUCCAGGCGUAAAGGGCAACAAAGGAUCACCUGGAAUUCGUGGGGAGUCCGGGACUCCUGGGAACCCAGGCCAAAAUGGACCGAAGGGUCUGAAAGGUGACCCCAGCGAGCCUGGACCAGGGCUUCCAGGACCACCUGGUCCAAAGGGUGAGCCUGGACGUCCGGGGGAUCGAGGUGAUAAGGGUGAUAAGGGUAUAUCUGGGAAUCAAGGUCCACCGGGUCCGGGAGGACGUCCUGGGGACAGAGGAGAAGCAGGAGUACCAGGAGGUCCAGGACCCCCAGGACCUCCUGGUGAAAAGGGUUUAGAUGGGCUUUCAGGUCCAGCUGGAUACCCAGGGCCCAGUGGUGCACCAGGUGGUCCUGGUUCGGCUGGGAAUCCUGGACUUCCAGGACCCCGCGGAGAACAAGGCAGGGACGGUAUUCCUGGGCCAGCUGGAACUAAAGGAGACAGAGGCCCCACUGUAAAUGGGAUUCCUGGUCCACCUGGUAUCAAGGGUGAGAAAGGUUUUAAAGGCAAUCCUGGACCCCAAGGACCAUGUGGGCCACCAGGACCCUAUGGGCCACCUGGAGACAUCGGUCCUCCUGGUCCACCUGGAGUAUCGGGACCACGUGGAUGUAAAGGUGCACCUGGAAUCUGUGCUGAUGGUCCAAAAGGGGAGCGAGGACCCUUAGGACCAUCUGGCCUUCAAGGCCUCCCGGGUCCACGUGGCCCUCCUGGUAACCCAGGUCCAGGCCUGAAGGGAGAUAAAGGCGUUGUUGGGCCACGGGGACUUGUAGGAGGGCCUGGGAAUAUCGGUGAACAAGGAGUUCCAGGUGAACCAGGUAGAGAUGGAGAUCCUGGACGCAGGGGUGCCAAAGGAGACUAUGGGCCUAUGGGUCUCAUGGGGCCAGUUGGUCAGAAAGGAAAUUUUGGUCCUAAUGGCGCUCCAGGAUUAAAAGGUCGUAAAGGACCUCUUGGACGUAAAGGGCCCAAAGGUUGUGAUGUUGUGGCCGAGGUCAUCACUACCCCAGGAGACCCUGGUUUACCUGGAGUAGUUGGUGAGAAAGGGAGACAAGGAGAACCUGGAGCACCAGGAGGACCAGGUCCACAAGGAACACAAGGGCGGAAAGGAGCCAUGGGUCCAGCUGGAGCUCCUGGAAGCGCUGGAGUCCCUGGCCCGAGAGGAGACAUGGGACCACUAGGAAAGCAAGGUAAUCGUGGUUUGUCAGGUGAAGUGGGACGUAAGGGUGCGGUUGGACCACCUGGAACACCACGGGAUGCCCAAACGGAUUCAAUUCUUUUUACCAAGCAUAGUCAAAAGAUAACUGUGCCAACCUGCCCCAGUGGAUCGAGACUUUUGUAUGAAGGAUUUUCGCUCCUCUUUAUCAAUGGCAAUAACCGUGGACACGGGCAAGACCUAGGAACUCUGGGAAGCUGUAUGCAAAGAUUUUCCACCAUGCCUUUCGUGGUGUGUAAUCCCGAUGACACCUGCCGCUACGCCUCUCGAAAUGAUUACUCCUAUUGGCUGUCUACAGACACACCGGUAUCAAGCGAGACAGAUCUGAUCUCUGGUGACGUACUGGAACAGUACAUCAGCAGAUGUGCAGUGUGCGAGGCGCCAGCUAAUGUAAUAGCAGUUCACAGCCAGACAAAUCAAAUCCCACAGUGCCCUAGAGGAUGGCAGUCUUUGUGGCAAGGUUAUUCCUUUGUAAUGCAAACAGCUGCAGGUGCGGAAGGAUCCGGGCAGCCGCUGGUUUCUCCCGGUUCGUGUUUGGAAGAAUUCCGAAGGAUUCCGUUUAUAGAGUGUCAUGGCCGUGGCACCUGUAACUUCUUCCCUGAUUCCUACAGCUACUGGCUGGCAUCGCUCGACCCCGACAGAAUGUUCAGUAUUCCGGUCCGUCAGAGAACAAUACAACCUACUCUCAUCAGCCGCUGUCGGGUCUGUAUGAAGGUGUAACACUGAGGUCAGAGUUCACACGGCCUUUUGAAGCAACACUGUUUCUCUCCUCGAUCGAUCACAUGAACUAUGACCGUUUUCAGUGGCUUGUCAUCAUAAAGACUUUUUCUUUACUGUUAUGAUAUUUUAUAACGAUUAGGGAUUAAAAAAUUGAUGGUUUUACAUUGGCACUUAAAGAUAUCUGUACUUUGUCUCUUUCCUUUACUGUAACUGAACAGUAGUUUAAUGGUUUGGGGUGAUUCAUUUUCAUUUAUCUAAUUAAGACUAAUUAUUUAACUUUUAAAAUAGCAUCCAUAUUUUUCUAAGUCAAUUUCUCAUUCACAGUUAUGAAUGACCUCAGUAUAAUUUGUUUAUAGUCAUUAGAAAAUCCCCCUCAGACCAGUAGAUGUAGAUGUUUUAACACAAAUGAUUUUGUUAUCGUGCGUUCAGCGUUCCAACUUUAUAAAUAGGAGUUUGUCACUUUGAGCUUGGGUUGCUCAUAUUGAGUAAACGCAGUAUAAUAUUAUAAUUUAAUGUUUUAAAAUUAAAGUACAUUUUUUGAGACAUACACUGCUGCAAAAUAGUUUAAAUAUGUGACCCUUGACCACACAACCAGUUAUGAAUUUUGUGAAAUUAAGAUUUAUACAUCAUCUGAAAUCUUGCUAAUUUACAAGUAUUCAAAAAUCUGGAAUCUGAGGGUGCAAAAAAUCGAAAUAAUGAGAAAAUUGGCUUUAAAGUUGUGUGUACACACAUAUUACUAAUAAUAAAUAAAUAAAUAAAUGUAUAUAUUUAUGCUAGGAAAUUUACAAAAUAUUUUCAUAAAAAAUUAUCUUAAUAUCCUAAUGAUUUUUGGCAUAGAUAAAAUGAAUAAUUUUGACCCAUACAAUGUAUUUUUAGCAAUUGCUACAAAUGUGCUACUUAUGACUGAAGUAGGGUCACAUAUUUUUUUAGCAACGUUCUUUAUUAAUUGUAAAAAACUAACAUGUUUAACGCUUUAUCGGUGCUUAUGUCUUCUUGAUUAACGAUCUGGGAAUGAUAUUAUUACAAAGUGUUACUAAUUUUAAACAAAUAAUGAUAAAUUAGUUUUAAACAGAUUUCCAGGUCACUUCUUAUUUUAUUGGAUAUCCUGUAAUGAAUGAAUCAAUCCUCUAACUGAAAUUCAAUAGAUCCCUGCUGAUGUCUCAUAGACGCACUGUUAGAUUUGAUCAAUAACACAAGAUUUCAUUUUUUGUAACAAUGUGUUUACUUCCUAUGAAGUCUGUGUUGUAGGUCACCUGUAGCUAUAUAAUUACGCCUGUUUAUGUUUAACUCUAAUUAAUACGAGUUAAUGGUGCUAUUUGUCGCAUGAAUUAAACAAGGAGAGAAACCUUACAUUUUAAAGCCAUGACUAUCGUGUGUUGUAGAGUAUGUGUGUUUAUAGUAUAUUUGUGUAUUCAAGAGACACUUUGUCCUAUUUUUAACAUGGUUAAUGGUGAUACUCAAUUUAACCAGGUAAUGUUAAGGUUUCAAUUUCUUUUUGUUUGUUGUAACAUAAUUAAUACGAGACCGCAAUGAAUACAAGGUACCAUUGACAAUAUUUAUUUGUCUUUAAUGCAUAAUCUGCUGUAGUAAAGAUAUGUCACACUAAUGAUUUCAGCUGUUUGUACAUUUCAUGUUUUUAUGACGUAGUAAUCAUUAGCAAUUGCAAGGAAAAUCACAUAAUUUGUCUUUGGUGGGUCUCUUAAGUGCCAUUAAAAUAUAGAAGUUAAUCUUUAUCACUGCAGUGUUUAUAAUGGGACCACCCUCUGGCAUUUGUAAUGCAAAUAUUGUGCAUUGUUGUUUUUGUUUUUUUGUAAUUACAACAUCACAUUUGUUUGUAGUGUAAUGUACUGUAUAUGUGGAAUUUUGUCCCGUAGAAAACAUUUCAUCGAGUUUCAAUACAGAUUUGAAUUAUCCAAUUAAAACGGUGUUUGUUUUUAUCUUUUAACACUCCAUCAGUCCAUACACAUUGAUCAUUGUGUUUAAUGUGUGGUAACAUUGCACCAAUUCGGUGUAUAUUUUGGAUAUGUUUUGUUUAAAAUCUAAUAUCUUAAUAAAAAGAUCUUUAUUGCA